GACCGGAAGUCUUCAGCAUGUUCGUCCUGUUAUUAUGCAGGUUGUCAGGGGCAGCAGGCGAAGUAACGAGGGCUACAAGAUUUAGUUAACGAUGACAUAUUUAACAGCGCGAGAUAUUAAGCGCUUUCACAUCUGCAUUUUUGCACUGAACAGCAUAAAUAAUUUGGGCAAAGCAAUAGUGGCGGAAGCGUCGUUUUUCAUUGAAACAGACAGACAACAAGCAGCUAAGUGUAGCUAAGCAUCCGGCGGCUCGUAAUCAGACAGCCCUAAAUUACGCGCAUCCGUAUUUAUCUUAAUGCGUAAAAGUCUCUUGAUAGAAGAGGACAUGGAAAACAUUCCGGAAAAUCUACAGCAUGACGAGGACUCCCGUGUCAGCGGCAUUGCAUCCUCGUCAUCCAACAGGCGCUCGUUACGUUCCACUAGCAUGCCCGUCCAGAGGAGCAGCAUCUGCUCUCGGGCUUACUUCGUCGUGGUGAUGGUCUUCUUUCACGUCUACAUCCUGAAUGUUAUCGCCCUUUUGCUAUAUGUGCACUAUAAUAACGGCCCCGGGGAUUUUGACCGACCGUCAUUGCCAUCUGUCGGCGAAGGGGAAAGUCCUCCUCACACCGCGCCUCCUUCAAGGGAGCCCCGUGAGGAGGAGCAAAGUUUCAGACUUCCUCGAAUUGAAGGGAUCAGGGUAGGACACGUUCAGCCAGUGUCCCUUGUGUCGGACAGAACACACAAGAUGAAGACGCUCAGCUUGAAACCUCUAUUAUUUGAGAUCCCGGGUUUCCUGUCAGAGGAGGAGUGCCGUGUGGUGGUGCAGCUGGCUCAGCUCAAGGGUCUGAUGGAAAGCCAGAUGACAGCGGCCAACUGGGGGCACGGAGGCUCAGACCACCCACUGCUAUCUUUGAGCACCGAGGAGGUCUUCAGUCUGUUGGACCUCAACCAGGAUAGGCUUCUGCAGAAGCAGGAGAUUGUGAGCCACUCACGUUCUCGAGAUGGAACUUGGCUGAGCCCGGACAACCUGCGUCAGAUACUCACUGUACUAGAAGACUGCUCAACAGGGGUGCUCAACCUUGAAGAGUUCAAGCGUGUUUACGAUGUGUCCCAAGGCCCGAUACAAGAGCAAAAUAGAAAGCUCCGGAGUCAGUUCAAGCAGAGAAGCAAGCAUACAGUGCUUUAUCAAGGCCCGGGAUCCCAUCACGUGCUGCAGACACUGAGAAGCAGAGUGAUCAGCCUGACACGUCUGCCGGCCAUGUUGGUUGACAUGAGUGAGCUAUUGCAAGUGUUUCGGUUUGAGCUCGGAGACUUCAGCGAUGCUCAUCACGACAGUAGCCCUCCCCAUGCGGAGACCGCCUGCUCGCACACGCGACUGGCGGGUAACACGUCUAUGCUCCCACAGGUCUCCUGCAGGUAUCUUACUGUGUUGAUCUACCUCAGCUCUGUCGAGGAGGGUGGUGAGACCACGUUUCCCGUGGCCGACAACCGUACCUACGAUGAACUGGCACUGGUCCAAGAUGGAGUUGAUUUAACAGACACCCGCAAGACAUGUAGUCGAGGGAACCUGAGAGUCAAACCCACUGCUGGGACUGCACUCCUCUUGUACAACCAUCUCUCCGAUGGGCAAGGUUGGAUGGGUGAGCUGGAUGAGUAUUCGCUGCACGGAGACUGCCCGGUGAAGCGUGGCCUGAAGUGGGUUGCCAACAGCUGGGUAAACGUUGACCCAGACUACCAGCAGCAGGCACGUUACCAAAGACUAGUUGCUGAAAAUCAUCGAGCUAAGUCAGGCAUGACAGAACAUUCAAAACCAAUUUCGCACUUUGACCUCCACCAGGAUCUCUAGCUGAGCUCCUCUUACUGAUCCGUGUUGUACACCCCUUGACCUGUUUACCUCAGUAUUGUAUACAUUAAAAUAGUGAUGGAAAAAUGAAGCUUCAAAUUUGCUUCAUGAACCAGUUGUAUAUUUUGACUCCUCAAAAUGGCACCGCAUUGGUCUGACAGCAUACUGGCUCGCCAUUUCUUGAACCACUUUUAUUUCAACAAACUGUUUCAUGAAGCAAAAUUUUCCAUCACUACAUUUAAAGGAAGAUCACUCCAGGUUGCACAGUUUGUUUUUGCAUCAUCCCAUCAGUUUUGUAAGGGUGAAUUACUGUUAUUAUAGAGUUCUGGUGGGCUGAUGCUUUUAUGUACAAUAGUUUUAUUUAAGGCAUAUUUAAAAAUUAUCACGCCUUACAUGUCACAUAUUUGACAAAGAAAUGAAGGGAAUUAAGGGAGCAAGUUUUUUUGUGGUCACUUAAGCAGGUAUCUGUUGCUUCUGAAGAAAUCGCUCUAGAAUAUUUAACAAAUAUAUUUAUGAAAUGUUAUUUAUUUUAAGCUCCUGAAGGGUUUACCACAUUUACCGGUACAUUUAGUGAGCACAUGUAUUUAAAACAAAAAAGCUUAUCAUCUUGUCAGUCCAUCAAAAAUAAUAUAUGUUUAGCACAUUUAAUGUAUCAUUUUAUGAUAUUUAUUUGAGAUUUAUUUAUUGACUCGUUUUUGGACUUAUUUAUUGAUGUUGCACUGCCACUGUCUCUUGUGUUUGAUGAAAUGAAAGUGAAAAUGUUUAUUACUACUCAA